AUGCAUGAUCAUCGACUUCGUCUUAGUUUAGCGAUCCCAAAAAAGCGUACUAUGUAUGAUCAGUAUGGGGAGGAAGGGCUAAAAGGCGGUGUUUCUCCGCCGGCGGCGCUACUUUCUUCACUAGAGGCGAUGCUGCUGCCGCUGAUUGAGAACAAGUUGCCUUGCACCCUGGAGUUGUAUAAGGGGACCACGAAAAAGAUGAAGAUUUCCAGGGAAAUCGCUGAUAUCAGUGGGUGA